CUUCCCGCUAAAAGCUGAACUGCUCGCUGCUAAAAGCAAAACCCUCCUUAACACCUACCGUCAGCAACAGCCACGAAGAAGCCCAUUUCUUUGCCAGCAACAGAAUUACUAGAGACGAAGAAGAAGCAGAAGAAUGGCGAGGAACCCGAAUAUUCUUUAUCGUCUUUGUUCAUCAACCCUCAAACUCCCCCACCCAAGUCUAGGGUUUUCCUUCAACAAAUCCGAACAAUCACCUCUCGCAUCCUCCGCCUCAGCCGUAGCCAGCAGACUCCUCUCCUCUUCGACCCAGCCUCAUCCACCACAGCGCCAAGCAGAUUACCCCAGCAAAGAAGAAGAAGAAGAAGAAGAACAAAGGAAAGAGGUUUCUUCCCCUCCGUCAGGGGUCAAAGACGACGACAGCGACGAUGAAUACGAAGGGGGUGUUCACGUGAACGAGAGGACUGGAGAGAUUGGAGGACCCCAAGGCCCCGAGCCUACUCGGUACGGCGAUUGGGAGCGUAACGGUCGAUGCUCUGACUUUUGAGAUCGUUCUGAGGUUAGGGUUCUUUCCGUUUUGGGAUAAAUCAAUGGAUUGUUAAGUACCCUUUGGUUAAAGGAUCCAAAAACUUAAUAUUCUGAUUUUGGUUUUUUAAAAAUAGAAACAACAAGUUGUAUUUAAUUUUCCUCUUUUGUUGCAUCUUCUUUCUUUUUCUAAUGGAAUUCUUUGUUUAUCCAA